AUGCGCUUCUCACAGGUCCUGUCUUUCGUUGCCGUCGCGGCCACGGCUGCCGUCGAGGCCGUCUCUCUACCGCCAGGUGUCCCGAGAAAUGUGCUCGAGUUCCGCGACAAGCACCCCUACAAGAACCCCAAGCCCGGCUGCCGCAAGAUCGUCAGGAUUCGAGCCUCCGAGGACGACGAGGAUGACGUGUCAGCCGAGUUCAAGAAGGGUGUCGAAGAGGCCAACAACGGCGGCACCCUCUACCUGCCCGAGGGACAAACCUUUGUCAUUGGCAAAGUUUUGGAUCUGACGGGCCUAAGUGACAUUCACGUCCGCUUGGACGGCGAGAUCAAGUUCACAAACGACGUCGAGUACUGGCAGGAGAACGCAUGGUACCACCCCUUCCAGCGCUCCAUUAUGUUCUGGAAAUGGGGCGGCCACGAUAUCAAGAUCUACGGCGAGGGUGUCAUCGAGGGCCAGGGCCAACGUUGGUGGAACGAGUUUGAGGCCGGCACGGGAUCACAGCUAACAUGUUUCAGCAUUCUGAACCCCGGCAACAAGUACUAUCGACCCAUCCUGUUCUAUGCUGAGAACACCACCAACCUGGAUGUCUCUGGUAUCCAUCUGAAGGACUCUCCAUGCUGGAACAACUUCAUCGUCAGCUCUCUCUCCAACAAUGGCAGCAUUAUCCCCAAAAACACCGACUUUAUGAACACGAUGAACACGUCUAGUGUCUCCAUCGAGCGCGUUUGGGUCAACAUUGACGAUGACUGCUUCUCUCCCAAGCCCAACAGCUCCGACCUCUACGUCAACACCAUGUACUGCAACGGCACUCACGGCCAGUCGAUGGGAUCUCUCGGUCAGUACAAGGGUGAAGUAUCCAACGUGCACGACGUCCACAUUGAGAACGUCUGGAUGAUGAACGGCGACCUCCGGACCCCCCCAACUCUUGACGAGUCGGUUUCUAACAAGAGGCGCAGGAACUUCUGGGUCGCCCGCAUGGACUACGGCAUCAUCCUCGACUCGUGCUACUUCAACAAGUCCGUCGAGGAGUGCAACAAGUACCCCUCGGGCAUGGACAUCACGAACAUUCGCUUCGAGAACUUCACCGGCUACACGUCGGGCGUCUACGGCAACGCCGUGGCCCGCCUCUCCUGCUCGACGGCCGACUCGGCCGUCUGCGACAACAUCGUCAUCAAGGACUUCAACGUCAAGUCGCCGUGCGGCGGCGAGCCCGUCAUCAUCUGCGACGGCAUCGGCGACGACCUCGGCCUCCCCUGCGUGCCCUACAACAGCCCCGAGGCCCAGGCCGCGCUGGCGGCCAAGUGCUCGACCCCCAUCGCUGAGAUUGACACGAGCCCGUGGGAGGGUGCCAAGAUUGAGGAGAAAUUUGACGCCUACCACCCGCUGUCGUACUACCCGGAUCGAGACGAUUGA